AUGGAGUGCAGAAAACUCGAAAUCACGCUGGUCUCCGCCCAACAUCUCCCCGAUGUCCGAACCAGCGGUCGGAUGAAAGUGUACGCCAAGGUCUCGCUCAAGGGAGAGUCCAAAACCACCAAGAAGAGCCACGUGGACUACGAGGGCGGCACCAAUCCCAGGUGGAAUUUCGUCGCCCAUUACACCGUCAGCGAGUCCACCGUCCGCCGCCCGGGACUCAGCGUCACGGUCAAGCUGGUGUGCAGGAGGACUCUAGGCGACAGGUUCGUCGGAAAAGUGAAGAUUCCGGUGAAGAGCCUGUUUGAUAUGGGCCAGAAAUCGCGCAAGAUUCUGAGCUAUGACGUGGCCGGGGGCGGGAGGCUCAAUUUGCUCUACAGUUUUAGCGACAGGAUGUUUGUCAGGCAGCCGUCAUCGGGCUGGAAGACGGCGUUUGAGACCGUAGGGUUUUUGGUGCUCGUCGGAGGGGCCAUGCUCCUCUUGGCUGGUGAUUCCGAUCGCGACGAAGAUGGUGAUGACUGUUGA